AUGCUGAAGUUGAUUGUGUAUGCUGCAUUAUUGCUCGGUAGUGGUUCGAUCUCGGCGCAAAAACAGAAAGUCCUCGUCCAGGACAUUAAUAGCAUUAACAAUGUGGAAAGUGUAUUAGGGAAAGAUCAAACGGAUAGCUUCUACAAAUGUCGAUCAGAAGCAUUGAAUAUUACUGUGUCAAGAUCUCUAGUGAACGUUGCAGAAUGGCGCUCGGAGAACAACUUCAACGUGUCCUACGCGAUGGUAGUGCAUUGGGUAGAUCAGGACAGAAGUAUGAUGAAUACACGAUUAGAACUGAGCAAUUUUAACGACGUUGCCCUUCCGGAGCAUGAUCACUGUGCCGUUUCAUGGCUGAACGUUUACCGGACCGAUGCACGCACGUCCGAUUGUGUGUUUGGAGUGUGGACACCUCCGAAAAUGGAAAUAACCCAACUACAGUUGCUGGAAAUUGGUAGCAAACGCAGCCCAUCGUACUACAUAACCUGGGAAGUGGAACGGCAACAAUGUGUCUCAGAGUAUGAAGUACUGCUGGAUGGCACACUUCCCGUACAUACGAAGAUCGCUUCCGUUCUCUUGCAAGAUUUCAAGUUGUACAAUCAUCGCCUUCAACUCAAUGUGAUCUACCGGAAUGGAAAUAUUGUGCAACGAUUUAUCGAGAUAUUUACCACUCUUCCAACAAACUUGACUACGCCAUGCGUCUUUCAAUUCUCGAUACAGAUGCGAGAGGUGGUAAAAAGCGAGCGAAAAGCAAAAUUUUAUAAUCCAACUACCUUCAAGAUUGCUCCCGUUGUGGGUGCCGUUCCGAAAGGAACUGUUUGUACCCAGCUUAAGAAGUCAGCAAUACCCAUCCCGGCAGCUAGCUCCAUUGUCUCCAAAGUCCCCGACGCUAUUCCACCCAACUGUCCCCUUCGAUCAGUGUCUAAUGGGGGCGAUCUUACCAUUAAACCAGGACUAGUCGGACCGGUGCGUAAUCUGCGCGCAAUUACGGAUAUAGACCGAUGUGUGCUGCUAACGUGGCAACCUCCGAUCGAUGGGGCAUCUUGUGUCAAGGAGUAUCUCAUCACGUGGUCAUCCGAAAGCCGAACAAUUGAUGCGCCGAAAACGACGUUCAAUGUAACGAACCUGGAGCCUUGCCUGUCGUACGAGUUUACGGUGCACGCUAUCGAUCAUAGCAAUGAUAAGGGAGUACCGACUAGUAUUACUGCAACGGUGCGCGAAAUUCAACAGUUGUCUGAGGUGACAGAGUUGGAGUUGAACGAGGUAGAGCCACGAUCACUGUCCGUCAAGUGGAAACCGCCGGUGAAUGGCACGUACUGUGUGGAAUCGUACCGUGUGUCUGCAUGGUACACCGUACCGGAAACUGGCGAAAUGGAGGAAGUCUUCUCCAACACCACAACGGAUCAGCACGUUACUUUCGGCGAGGUGAUUGCCUGCAUGGUGUACAAUGUGCAGGUAAUACCGAUCUCAAUCAGCAAGCACGACGGCCUAAACGAGAUCGGUACGCUGAAGACGAAGGAACGUAUCAUCUUCUCCUAUCACGUAAAGCCCGUCACGCCGAUUGCAAUAAAUGCGCGAAGUCUGGACCUUUCGACGUCCCUGCACAGCGAAAAUAAUAACAAUUGUCUGUUGGUCAGUGUGCGGUUUAACUGUGCGAUAAUGAAGGAGAAUGAACCGGAUCCAGAAACAGAGAUUGUAAAGGAGUACGUCAUUCCGAACUCCAACGCCAGCUUCGAAGGCAUAGUGGAACCAUUGGUUCCGUACACGAUGUACGCAUGCAACGUUCAGAUUCAGAACAUUGCAGGCUGGAGCGAUCCUACGGCACCGACCUCCAUCCAAACAUUAGAAGAUGUGCCCGAAAGCCCGAGUGUGGUGGAACUGGUAGGCGAUAAUCGUGCGAUGAAUAUAACCUGGAAAGCACCGACGGUAAAGAAUGGCGUCGUUGUGCGUUACCGUAUACACAUCCGGAUGGUUGCACCAGAGUAUCCGAUACCUAACUUUUGCGCUCCGUUGGAAGAGUUCAACGAAACGGUCGAUCUGCGGGAUGAAGUGAAUCCUGACGAGUCCCGGAGCUGGGAUGGUUUCGACUUUAAGCACACGGUGGAGAAGCUAAAUCCAUACACACUGUAUAUUGUGCAGAUAGCGGCUGCAACGGGUGCCGGAUUGGGGCCGUACUCGGAUCCAGUUGAAGUUAUUACUCUGCCGGAUGUAUCGAACAAAACGGAGAGCUUCCGGAUCGAUCGGAUCCUAGGUCCUGAGCUUAAUAAAACAUACAAGUCUUCGGUUUGGUUUUCUUGGAGUCUUCCUUGUGGUUUGCAUGGAAAGUUGACGCGGUUCUACGGUUAUAUGCAUGGUGUACGUGACCAUGAUCCGGCGAUACCGCAUAUUAUACAGUGGGAUGUUAAUGUUGAUGAUAGCGAGAUGAUAAAUGAUACGUACAGCUACAUCGAGGAUCGUCUAAAGCCCGAAUACAACUAUACUGUUUCGUUGAGCGUGGAAGUCGCAAACGUUUCAGAGCUUAGUCCAGAUGUUCAGCUGAAGUUCCAGUCUCCGGCAGGAAUACCGACAAUCGAUCGUACGGAGGAAUUCUUCAAUGUGGACGUGUUCGAAGCACCCAAUCCUACCAACACGGCCCGCAUAGUGCUUGGGAAUAUGACACUAACGUCAGACUUUGGGAGCAUACGCUACAUGGCACUGCUGAUAUCGGAGCGACUCUGCCAAAACGAUCCAGACCCCGUUACCGAUUUCAUCAACAGUACCAAAGAGUCGCAAUGGCCCGACACUCUGGAUUGGUAUCAUGUAAGCACUAUGCCCUGUGUGCAACAGUACCAGACGACGCCAAAGUUUUGGAAUCCGAUGACACGCAUGAGCCGCCAGGAAGGCAAACCGGAACCGAUCGAGUACGUCGUGGGGAAGGAUAUCUGUGACAAAGGGCAGGAAUAUUGUAACGGACCUCUCAAGCCUGGUACGGAGUAUGCACUUAUAGUGCGCAUCUUCUCCCGUAGUGGGUUUACCGAUUCCGAAAUGCAAGUCUUUCGUACCGAUUCGCUGAUAAAGGUCGGACUGAUCGUGAGCGCCGUCAUUGGCUGUCUGCUGCUCGCGUUCAUCGGUGGGUUGGUGAUAGUGUGGCGCAAGCAACGGUUGCUACUUCCAGCACAACAAACGGGCCGCUCACCGACCGAGGAACCGUCGGACAUUCCGGUGAAAAACUUCCCUGCCCAGUAUGACGAGCUGUUUCAAUCGAACCGGGAAAAGGUGUCGAAAGAGUUCCAGGCCAUCAACUACUUCUCCGAUUUUUUGCUCCAGGAGACGGUUAGUUUUCAGAGUGCGCGCGAAAACGAGCGUAAAAAUCGGUACAUCAACAUUUUACCGUUCGAUUCGAACCGGGUGCUGCUGGAUAGUAAUGAUGAUGAUGAUGAUGAUGAUGGGGACGGUGUAUGUGGCUGUAACGAUUACAUCAAUGCGUCGUUCGUCGAGGGAUACAAGUAUCAGCGGGAGUACAUUGCAACACAGGGUCCGAAGCAGGACACAUGUUACGACUUUUGGCGGAUGGUGUUGCAGUACGAGAUCGAAUCGAUCGUGAUGCUAACGCAACCGAUCGAUCACGAUAAGAACAAGUGCUGUCAGUAUUUUCCCCGUUUCGAUCAAUACAUUGACUUUGGCGAUAUACGCGUAAAGUGCACGCAGGAACUGAACCUAUCGCUGUACUACAAGCGUCUGUUUCUAGUUUCGAAAGGAAACCUAACGAAAGCAGUAUUUCAUUACCACUUUCUGGACUGGCCCGAUCACAGCUGUCCAGCCAGUACGGCAGAUCUGAUCAAGUUCUCCAAAAUUGUUCGUGCCGAGCGGAAAAGCUACGCCAUACCGCUCGUGGUGCACUGCAGUGCCGGUGUCGGCCGUACCGGUACCUUUAUCGCACUGGACAUACUGCUGCAGCGGAUGCACCAGGAGAAGAAGAUCAACGUGUACGAUACGGUGAAGCGAUUGCGGCGCCAGCGGGUCAAGAUGGUGCAAACGCUCGAUCAGUACACGUUCCUUUACCAGUGCUGUCUGGAAUGUGUGUCCAAGAGCAAUCGAAAAAAACCAAAGACAAGCAACGUAGAGGUGAUCCGGCGUGAUGAUAGAGACAAACAGUAUCCGGAUGUGAUCCUGGACGUGGAACAGCAGCAGGUCGCCGUUGGCAAUGGAGGGAAGCCAUUGUUUAACAUAAAGUUUCCAAAGUCGGUCAGUGUCAACGUAAACAGUUUUGUUCCGACCGAAAUUGAAAGUGAUAAAUGA